ACGUGAUGCCCGCUGAAGAAAUGAAUCUCUCAGUGAAUGGUCAGUCUCAAGUGCCUCCAGGAUUCCGUUUUCAUCCCACGGAGGAGGAGCUGCUGCAUUACUACUUGAGGAAGAAAGUGGCCUCCAAGAAGAUUGAUCUUGAUGUUAUUCGCGACGUGGAUCUUAACAAGCUUGAGCCCUGGGACAUUCAAGAGAGGUGCAGAAUAGGAUCCACCCCGCAAAAUGACUGGUACUUCUUCAGUCACAAGGACAAAAAGUACCCCACGGGGACUCGUACAAAUCGCGCAACUGCGGCUGGAUUCUGGAAGGCAACCGGUCGGGAUAAAGUCAUUUACAGCAACUCCAAACGAAUCGGAAUGAGGAAGACUCUUGUCUUCUAUAAAGGACGAGCCCCCCACGGACAGAAAUCAGAUUGGAUCAUGCAUGAAUAUCGACUAGAUGACAACGCCGCCACCAACGCCCAUGAUAUUGUUGUUCCUACCCAUGGCUCCAGUUUAGUAGGAGAUCCAACAAGUGCAGAAGAAGGGUGGGUCGUCUGCCGUGUUUUCAAGAAGAAAAAUUACCAUAAGGCUGUGGAAAGUUGCCAACAUUCAGCCGCCUCCAUGGAUUCGAGAAGUUUUGGGUACGAUAGUUCAGCUUCAGGUAACGAUGGCAUUCUCGACCGCAUCCUUGUAUACAUGGGCAGAACCUGUAAGCAGGAAAAUGGAGCAAUAAGUAGUGCUACUACUAGUCAUAUGUUCGACAGCAAUGAUGACAGUGAUAGCAUGCUACCCAUGAUCACUAAUGACCCAACGAACGCUAGUAGUAGUGCUAGCGCCCUCAUCAGCGAGGGACUUCUUCGUGCAAAGUUCAUGCAUCUUCCCGGGCUAGCAGACAAUAAUAAUAAUAAUAACAAUUCCUCAUCCUUCAGCCAACAAGAGGACUGCAGCUUUGGAGCUUGCGAGCAGUCUAUGUCUAUGAAUGAUAUCAUAGUAUCAAGAGAAACAGAGCCUUCAGUUAGCUGCACCAUGAUCAAUGGUCAGGAUGCCAACUGCAGCAGCAUAAACACCCCUGCCACUGCCGACGAUCAAGAUCCGAAAGUGGGUGGCGGGCUCAGUGACUGGGUUGCACUUGAUCGACUGGUGGCUUCGCAGCUCAACGGGGGGCAAGCAGCCGGGGAUGAUGAGGUCUUCUGCUUUCCUCUGGAGCAGGAGCAUCGGGGCGCAUAUUCAACGUCCAACCUCCGAUCAUCUGGCACCAGCAGUAGAAGUAGUAGUAGUAGACCAAAUCAUCAAGAAACCUCUCAAGUACUACUCUACGGGAUGGGCAACGAGGUCGACUUUUGGAGCUUUGCUCGAUCCUCCUCAUCAUCGUCUUCUGACCCUUUGUGCCACCUGUCUGUAUAACUAAUUUAGUAACUUUACUACUAGUCAAUUAGAUUAGUAGCCAGCAGUAUGCAUCCAUAUAUGAGCAACACACUACGCUCCUCCUAAGUCCGAUCUGUCAUAAUUCAUGUGCAUGGCUUUCUACGUACGUACGUUGCAUCCACAGACUAGUGAGUCAAACAGGGUUUGAUACGUACAACAUAGAUGAUACCAUAAAAGCAGUACUCUGUUGUAGUUUGAUGAUACAUAUAUGAUGGAGUGGAGUGGAGUGGAGUGGAGUGGGCUAUAGGUGUGGUGUAUACAUCAAUGAUGGUAUAUAUUGGUAGUUUUUUGU